AAUGAAUGUCGGAGGCUUAAUUAGAGAGGAGAGCUGCGGCUGCGUCAGUACCUCCGACACCGUCGCACUAUACACCUGUGCACCGCGUACCGACACAGACGCACGCGCACCCGCUCAGCCGCACGCAAGCGCAUCAUCAACUUACUCCGUUCGACAUAUUUUCAGAGAUGAGCCGGCACGUGUGCCUGGCGGCUGUCGCCUUGAUGGCCGUACUCUGCGUGGCAGAUGCCCAGAGACGUCUUGCUCUACCAGACCCAAGAAGCUGUGCAAACCGAGUUCGUCACUCGACAUACCGCGACGCUCGAGGAGUCCUGCACUCUUACUUCUUCAGUUGGGAGCAUGCCCCAACCCGCAACCUGGAGGUAGACUGGCUCGACGCUAGGAACAUCUGCCGUCGCCACUGCAUGGACGCCGUCUCUCUAGAGACUCCUCAGGAAAAUGAAUUCGUGAAACAAAGGAUUGCCCGCGGAAACGUCCGUUACAUUUGGACUUCGGGACGCAAAUGUAACUUCGCCGGCUGUGACCGUGCUGACUUGCAACCCCCCAAUGUCAACGGCUGGUUCUGGUCUGGAUCCGGCGCCAAGAUUGGACCAACUACCCAGCGCAACACCGGUGACUGGUCUUACACUGGUGGAUACGGCCAACCUCAGCCUGACAACCGUGAAGCCGCUCAGGGUAACGACGAGUCCUGCCUGGCGAUCCUGAACAACUUCUACAACGACGGCAUCAAGUGGCACGACGUGGCCUGCCACCACGUGAAGCCGUUCGUGUGCGAGGACAGUGACGAGCUGCUCAACUUCGUACGCUCGCGCAACCCCGGCCUCCGCCUAUGAAACCCUUAAUUAUAUCGCACUCUCGCCUUCUAGUACUUUAGAUGGCUGACAUUGUACAAAACCAAGUGUCUAUCUAUUAUUAAGUUAUUUAUUAAAUUAACAAAUUGUUCACAAUUUGGAUAUUUUACUCAAUGAUAGCCAUAACUACAUCCUCAAUAUCACAGAGUGAAAUAAUAAUAUGAUCUUAUUGAGUAUGGCAACCUCAAUACGAGUUGGUAUUUACAUUUAGGUAAACGUCUCUAUAUUCACAUUCUCAAAAACAAGUUCAUGUUGGUGCUAACUUUUUAUUUAUUCCGUCGGUCAUCCUCUCCAAGACGCAUUUUACUUGCAUUAUAAAAUUAUUUCACUCUCUGUAGGUAUUUAAAAUGUUGUAAAAAGUAUUAUUUUGCACGAAUAGGAUUAACUUUUUAAGUGUUAGAAUAAAUAAAUAAAAAAUUAAUAUGA